CAGGGGAAAACCUGAGGCCCAGAGAGGGUGGGGGUGUGAUUGAGGUGUACCUGGGACAGAGGCUGGGAGUGCUCCUGAGCCCUGGGCCGUGUGGCUCUCCGCCCGCAGGCUCACUUCCUGGACUGAGCUGCUUCAGGGGGAGCAGGAGGAGCUGCGCACCCAGAGCCAGGAGCUGCAGGCCUCCCUACAGGACGCGCAGCGGAAGAUGCGGAUCUGGCAGGCCGCUUACCGUGACCUGAAGGCGGAGCAACGGCCCAAGGAAAUUUUGCUGACCAAGCUGAGCAUCCAGUGCGAGUCGCUCACCCGUGCGAAGAAGGACUGGCAAGAGGAGAAACGUCGCCUGAGGAGGGAGAUAGACACCUUGAAAGAGCUGAACCAGAGCCUCCCGGACGCAAGUGACCAGCACUGCACUGAGAACAUCGACGGCCGGAAGACUAUGCCUACAGGAGAGGCGGAAGAGGACCGAAUUGGGGACCCAAAGGAGGCUCAGGGUCCUGCUCCUAGGAAAUUCGCGGGGAACCUGGUGCUGAACCCCAAGUGA